AGUAAAUGAGCAGUGUGGCUAUAAAGAGCUUGUUUCAUUAGCUCAACACCCUCCUCUUCUGCCUUACCAUCUUCUUCGUCUUCAACUUUUCUGGUUUUGGAGAAAGACAGAAGAGAGAGAGAGAGAGAGAGAGAUGGGAAAUUGUCAAGCCAUUGAUGCAGCAACACUGGUGAUACAACACCCGAAUGGGAAAGUAGAGAAAUUGUACUGUCCUGUGAGUGCUAGUGAGAUAAUGAAGACGAACCCAGGUCACUAUGUUGCUCUACUCAUCUCCACCACUUUGUGUCCCACAAAACCACCCGGUGAGAACACUGACAAGAAUAGUGCUAGUAGUACCACCACCACCACAACCAAGAGUGAUCACGGCACCGGUGCCGGGACCGGAGGCACGGGCACCGGCACCGGCUCUGUCAGGUUGACACGCAUCAAACUUCUCAGGCCAACUGAUACUCUUGCUCUUGGUCAAGUUUAUAGACUCAUCACAACUCAAGAGGUUAUGAAAGGAUUAUGGGCAAAGAAACAAGCAAAGUUGAAGAGAAGCCAGUCAGAUGGAGAUAUGAGAGUAGAGAUUAUUGGAAGAGAAAAACCAGGUUCAGUGCCAAAGGACAAGAACAACCAGGUGAUAAAACAUGAGAGACACCGACCAAGGACAGCAUCAGCAUCAUCAGGAACACCCUCUGCCAUAGCCAGCAGGCCAAGAACAUGGCAACCCUCAUUGCAUAGCAUCUCAGAAGGUGCAACUCCGAACCUGCAGAUGAGAAGAAACCAUACCUCCCCUUCUAGUUGAAUUGUUAAAACGACAAACAAUUUAGUGUCGUUUUAUCAAUCCAAGGAGACUGGCAUGGCAGAUAGUAGAAGCAGCUGCAGAGCAGAAGAGUACUCAAGUACUUACUGAGUAAGUGAGAUGAGGGGAGUCUUAAAAACUCGGUUGUUGAGGUUGCAGAUCUGAUCUGCGUGAGAGUUGAAUAGUUGUGCAUAGGAAAGAGUGUCAUUCAGUAUCCAACUUACAUUAAUCAAAAUGAUGGGGUUUUGUACCUAAAAAACACUGAAAUGCAACUUUGAGAAAGAAAAACGAUACUGCCUUUCAUCUCAUGGUUGGAUUAUUGUCCUUUUAGUUUGUUAACUUUUUUUGUGUAUAUUGAGCCUCGAUUAAAUAGAACAUUUAAACUGUAA